UGACCAUUUACAUGAAUUGACAUCGCAGACCGCAGUUGACAUUUCGGGAGUGUUUUUCGAUGAAAUAACAGCGAAUCGAAACACAAUUGAAUUUAUUUUCAUUUUCAAAAUAUUUCUACAUGCUAUGACAAAAUAUGGACGAGGUUGCAAAAUUAGAACAUCUCUCCCUUGUAUCCAAAAUAUGUACAGAAUUGGACAACCAUUUGGGCUUGAAUGAUAAAGAUUUAGCUGAAUUCAUCAUUGACUUAGCAGACAAGAAUCCAUCCUUUGAUAACUUUAAAAAUGCCCUCAUUGAGAAUGGGGCAGAGUUCUCGGACUCCUUUAUGACAAAUUUGCUUCGGAUUAUUCAGCAUAUGAAGCCAGUGGCUAAUGAAAGUGACAGCAUUGAUACAAAUAACAAAUCAUCGCAUCCACUUGCUGUAAAGUUUCCUGGCUUGGCCAUUCCAAAUGAUAAACCUGCCACAUUCUCUACUGAUGAAGAAAGUGAAGAGGAGGCAAAGGAUGAUAAAAAAAACAAAAGAAUAACAUCAAAGGAAAUAUUUAAAGAUGAAUCAAAAGCAAAAGAAAGUAAUGUGGUUGAUGAUGCUAUGGCUGCAUUAGAGGCUUUAGCCCCAUCCAAAAGCGGUUUAUCAAAGGAUGAGUCAAAACAAGAUGCUAAGAAAAAAGAGCACAGUCAAGAUUGUAAAGACAAAAAGGAUACUACAAUAGUUAAGAAAAGAAAAAGCAGAAGUAGAGAUCGGAGUCAAAGUAGAGAAAGAGAUAGAAGAAGUCGUAGUAGAGACAGAAAAAGAAAUAGAAGGAGUCAAAGCAGAGGGAAAGAUAAAGAUAGGAGUCGGAGUAGAGAUAGAGAUAGAAGAAGGUCUAGAAGCCGUCAUCGCCACAGAUCAAGGUCAAGAGAUAAGUCUAGGAGAUCAAAGGACAGAUCUAGGUCAAGAGAUAGGUCUAGGAGAUCAAAGGACAGAUCUAGGUCAAGAGAUAGAGCUAGGAGGUCUAAAGACAGAUCCAGGUCAAGAGACAGAUCUAGAAGGUCUAAGGACAGAUUGAGAAGAUCACAGUCAAGAGAUAGAACCAAAAGGUCUAGAUCAAGAGAUAGGUAUAAAGGUGGCAGGUCAAAACAGAGGAGGUCAAAAUCUAGGUCAUAUUCUCAGGGAAGAGAUGAAAGAAAUAAAUACAGGGAUAAUGAUUAUGAAAAGAAGCAGAGGAAAAGGAGUCCUGAAGUUGAGAUCAGUGAUGACCCAGAGCCUGGCAAAAUAUACAGUGGACGAGUGGCUAACAUAGUUCCAUUCGGCUGCUUUGUACAAAUGGAGGGCUUGAAGAAGAGAUGGGAGGGCUUGGUGCACAUCUCCCAACUCAGGUCUGAGGGGCGGGUCACCAAUGUGACUGAUGUUGUCUCAAGAGGGGACAAAGUCAAGGUAAAAGUUCUGACAGUGACUGGCCAAAAAGUAUCACUGACAAUGAAGGAUGUUUGCCAGGAAUCUGGGAAGGAUUUGAAUCCAACAUCACAUGCACAUCUGGAGGCUGAACGCGAAGGUCGUAAUCCAGACAGGCCUCCGCCCGCAGCGACGGUUCUCGCCGGCCUACAGAGUGGCCUCGACCCUGACGAAGAUUCGAGUCGGAAGAGAGUCACCAGAAUCUCCAGCCCGGAGAGAUGGGAGAUUAAACAGAUGAUAUCGUCAGGCGUGAUCGACAAGAGUGAGCUGCCAGAUUUCGACGAAGAAACCGGCUUGCUGCCUAAAGACGAAGACGGUGAAGCGGAUAUUGAGAUAGAACUCGUUGAGGACGAGCCGCCAUUCCUACAAGGCCACGGCAGAGCCUUGCACGAUCUCUCGCCGGUGCGGAUCGUGAAGAACCCGGACGGGUCACUAGCGCAAGCGGCCAUGAUGCAAUCUGCCCUGGCCAAAGAGAGAAGGGAACAGAAAAUGUUGCAAAGAGAACAAGAGAUGGAAAGUCUCCCCACGGGAUUGAAUAAGAACUGGAUCGAUCCCUUACCGGAGGCGGAUGGCAGGACCCUGGCCGCCAACAUGAGGGGCACCGGGAUAGCGCCGCAGGAUCUGCCAGAGUGGAAGAAACACGUGAUCGGGGGGAAAAAGUCUUCCUUCGGGAAGAAAACUAAUUUGUCUCUGUUAGAACAGAGACAGUCGCUGCCCAUUUAUAAGCUGAGAGAUGAACUUACUAAGGCGAUAUCCGACAACCAAAUACUUAUCGUGAUCGGAGAAACCGGUUCUGGGAAAACAACCCAAAUAACGCAGUACGUGUGCGAGUGCGGGCUGGCGGCGCGCGGCCGCGUGGCGUGCACGCAGCCGAGGCGUGUGGCCGCCAUGUCAGUCGCCAAGCGAGUGGCGGAAGAGUUCGGCUGCAGGCUGGGACAGGAGGUCGGCUACACCAUUCGGUUCGAAGACUGCACUAGCCCUGACACGGUCAUAAAGUACAUGACAGACGGCAUGUUGCUGCGCGAAUGUCUGAUGGAUCUUGAUCUCAAAAGCUAUUCCGUAAUUAUGUUGGACGAAGCUCACGAAAGAACAAUUCACACAGACGUACUGUUCGGUCUCCUAAAGCAAGCUGUGCAAAAGAGGCCAGAAUUAAAACUGAUCGUCACGUCGGCUACGUUAGACGCUGUUAAAUUUUCCCAGUACUUUUUCGAAGCGCCCAUUUUCACCAUACCCGGUAGAACGUUCCCCGUCGAAGUCCUGUACACAAAAGAGCCGGAAACUGAUUAUUUAGACGCUUCUUUAAUCACCGUGAUGCAAAUACAUUUGAGAGAACCACCGGGAGAUAUACUGCUGUUUUUGACCGGUCAAGAGGAGAUCGACACGGCUUGCGAGAUCCUGUACGAAAGAAUGAAAUCCCUCGGUCCGGAUGUGCCAGAACUUAUAAUUUUGCCCGUUUACUCGGCUUUGCCUUCGGAAAUGCAGACGAGGAUUUUCGAACCGGCGCCUCCUGGGUCCAGGAAAGUGGUGAUAGCCACAAAUAUAGCUGAAACAUCGCUGACGAUAGACGGGAUAUAUUACGUUGUAGACCCAGGAUUCGUGAAGCAGAAGGUUUAUAAUUCAAAGACAGGGAUGGAUUCUUUGGUCGUCACUCCAAUUUCACAAGCAGCAGCAAAACAGCGAGCCGGUCGCGCCGGUCGUACCGGGCCAGGGAAGACGUACCGCCUGUACACGGAGCGCGCGUACCGGGACGAAAUGCUACCCACGCCCGUACCGGAGAUACAGCGUACCAACCUCGCCACCACCGUCCUGCAGCUGAAGACCAUGGGCAUCAACGACUUGCUACACUUCGACUUCAUGGACGCGCCGCCAGUCGAGUCCCUUAUUAUGGCCUUGGAACAGUUGCACUCGUUGUCUGCUCUCGACUCCGAAGGUCUACUUACUCGUCUGGGACGAAGGAUGGCCGAAUUCCCAUUGGAGCCGAAUCUCUCUAAGAUCCUCAUAAUGUCGGUAGCUCUGCAGUGCUCCGACGAAAUCCUCACAAUAGUGUCAAUGCUCAGCGUUCAGAACGUGUUCUAUCGACCCAAAGACAAGCAAGCUCUAGCUGACCAGAAAAAAGCCAAGUUUAACCAGCCUGAAGGUGACCACCUCACCUUAUUGGCUGUGUAUAACAGUUGGAAGAACAAUAAAUUCUCGAACGCCUGGUGCUAUGAGAACUUCGUGCAGAUUAGGACGCUGAAGAGAGCGCAGGAUGUGAGGAAACAACUGCUUGGCAUUAUGGACAGGCACAAAUUAGACGUGGUCUCAGCGGGUAAGAACACCGUCCGGAUACAGAAGACAAUCUGCUCAGGCUUCUUCCGCAACGCCGCUAAGAAGGACCCGCAGGAGGGGUACCGAACCCUCGUGGACAGUCAAGUUGUGUACAUCCACCCCUCCAGCGCACUGUUCAACAGACAGCCGGAAUGGGUUAUUUACCACGAGUUGGUGCAGACCACAAAGGAAUACAUGAGAGAAGUGACCACGAUAGAUCCGAAAUGGCUAGUAGAGUUUGCGCCAGCCUUCUUCAAGUUCUCCGACCCCACCAAACUGUCCAAAUUCAAGAAGAACCAGCGAUUGGAGCCUUUGUACAAUAAAUAUGAAGAACCGAACGCUUGGAGAAUAUCCAGGGUCCGAAGACGUAGGAAUUAGUGUAGUAUUUGAUUGUUUAAAUAAAUUAAGUGAAAAUCUG